GUUUGUCGCGCAUGCUAGCUGCUCGUUGCUUUUCUAAAUCGCCGUCACAUUCCGCUCUUACGAACAAUACCAGGGCGUACGCACGUUUUCCUUUGCUGAACCAUCACCUGUUCCGCUUGCCACCCACCAAAAACGGGAUCUACCCUCAGAAAAACAUGAAGCAAAGCGAUUCCAAUCAAAUAUCCCUAACAACUAUGCAAUAUGUCAUUGAUAAGAUUGGACUGGUAAUCGAAAUAAUAUCCGACGAUAUAUAUAGACUCAAAUCUCGCCAGAGUCUCGCCCUUGAGAUCCAUACUCCGCUUGUAAAACUGUUCUUAUUGUACAGACAUCGUUCUGGAUAUCUUAUACCCUAUCUGAGUUAAAAAAAAAAACAUCCUUGAAGAGUUUUGUACACUGAAAAGCUACGAUUUGACACGACAUUCACUUCCGACGGAUAUCUUUGUACAGACAAACCAUUUGCGAUGGGUUGCGGAAGUUCCAAAAAUGCCAAAGGGGCUGUUGUGACGACUGGCGUCACAGUUCCAGCUGCCCAUGCCGCAACUACUGUUGGAGCUGCUGAUGCUACUAGAGCGGUACCCGUCGGCAAGGGUAAGACGCCAGCUACCGGAGUUCAGCAAGCUAGUAAAGAGCAGGUUCCGGCCCCGGUUACUUCAACGACUGCUGUAAAAGUUGCGGAGGCCUCUGCACCGCUUGAUGACAAGAAGGGCCUGAGCAAUCAAAUUGCGAACCAGGUUGCAGCUUCUGGUGAUGCCAAAGGCAAAGAGACAUCAACCUCCGCCUUGGCUCAGUCUAUCAGCGUUGCCAUCAGUAAGCAGCUUUCGGCUUCUGAGAACCAAUUGGCAAAACCGGACACUGCACCCAAGGAUAAGCAGGCUAUUCUCAAGCAACUUACUGCCUCUGCGGAGAAGCUCAAUAAAAAGGAAAACAGCAAAUCUGGCAGCAAGUCUGGCAGCAAAGCAUCACUUGCUCCUACCCGCGCUUCCCAAACUAUUGCUCAAGCGAUCAGCACAGGUAUCGCUCAACAACUCUCCGCAUCUGCUGGAGAAAUCUCCGACAAACCCCAACAAAAUACGGUAGCAAAGUCGCUUCAGAAUGUUGUAGCAAGCGAACACGCUGGUGUGAAACCCGAGCAGGUCGACGUCAAAAGCAUUGAAGUAACGACCGAAAUCCACCAUGGGGCUGGUGGACAACCGGCUACGGUCCAUGCUUCAGUGGUGGCUGUUUCGGACGUUCCGGUUACUAAAUCAGCAUCUAUUAAUGCCCUUCAGCAGCAUGACAAGGACAAGGCAAAGUCGCAUUCGUCGAUUGCUCCGGUCAAAAAGGCAGCGUCCGUCAAAAGCCUUAAAGGCGAGGAAGGUGUAGUGAAGAAAAGUCAUACAAGCUUGGCGCAAGACGUCAAGAAGAGCCAUGCGAGCGUUGCGGAAAAAGAAGAUCAUUUAUCACCUGCUGCCCGCAAAAGUCUUGAACAGCUCAAUGCUGAGCUAGCUGAAAUGAAAAAGGGCUCCUCAAAGCAUAGCGUGCAAACGGGUGCGUCUCAGAGUAGCUUGAAAGGCAACGAAACCGCCAAGAGCAACCAAAACCUCUCAGAAGCGACACAUCAAAAUGAAGCAAAGAAGUCAACUGAACAGCUUAACGCCGAGCUAAAGAAGAAUCCGUCUCAAGCAAGCUUGAAAAAGAGCGACUCUCGUAAAAGCAUUACCGUUUUAGUCAAGAAAAACGGAUCCAGAUCUAGCCUCCUCGCAGAAUCCAAGAAAAGCCAUGAACAUCUCGCCAACGACGAAAAAGAAAAAUCAAAGGACGAGCUUUCUCCUGGCGCUAAAAAAAGUCUCGAACAGCUUAACGAUCAACUCGCUCUUGAACGCAAUUUGUCAAAAGAAAAGGCAGCCAGCGUCCAGCUUGAUGGAAGCCAAGUUAAGAAAGAAGUCAAGAAGAGCACCGAAAAUCUCAAAAGCAGUCUAAACAACUUGGUGCACCACGAGAAAAAGGAACACCACGUCAACGCCGCUGCGGAACGCAGUUUACAUGAAUUGAACAAGGAAUUGGAACAAGAGAAGCACCAACACAAGAGCAAGGAGCACCUAAACCAGCCUGAGCAGGUCAAUGAUGAUGCGGUCGCUGUUGCCGUUGCACCAGUGGAAGGACACAAACAUAGCACAGAGACAGAGUUGAGUGAACAUCAUCACCGUAGCCUGAAAGACCUUGCAGGGGAGGUCAAAGCAAGCCUCAAGAAUCUCGUGGACCAGGAAUCCUCAUCUGUGGUUGUUGCCCCAGCUGUCGUUCCAGAAACACAGCAACCUCCACUUGAAAAACAAGAAGAUCAUCACCGCAGCGUUAAAGAGCUUGCCGCGGAUGCAAAGCACAGCCUUCAAAACCUUGUUGGCAGCAAGAACAAGCUGAAUGAACCUGAAGUAAAGGCUCAUGAACCUGUUGCCGUGUCAGAAAACAACGAGACAAUCCGCCACCGAAGCGUUCAUGAGCUCGCCGCUGAUGUGAAGAACAGUGUUCAUAACCUUGUUGGCAGCAGAAACAAACUUAACGAAUCAGAGGGAAAAGAUACCGAACCUGUUGUCCCCGCCGCAAACACUAACAGAAUCGGUGGAAGCAAGGACCAGCUAAAUGAAUCCGCUCCCCUCGUCCCACCUUCAACUUCAACCGUCCCUGAUAUCCCAAGCAAUGCUCUCGACAAUUCCGAGCACCACCAUCGCAGUAUCAAGGAACUUGCCACCGAUAUCAAGCACAGCGCACAAAACCUUGCCCACAGCCACAGCAAGAGCAAGGAGCCUUUGGUAGAGUCCACCGUUCAGCCCGCGGAGGAACUCAGCCCGAUUCACGAAAAAGAGUCACAUCACCGGAGUUUGAAAGAACUUGCCAGCAGUGCAAAGCAAAGCCUACAGAACCUUGUUGGAAGCAAGAGUAGGGAACACCUUGCUGAGCAUCCUCCUGCGGACCAAGUGGAGCCGCAAGUUCCUACGGCCUCCCGUAAUGACCUUACCAGUCAAAACACCAUCAAUGAGCAUCUCAAACAAUCCUACCAGCAGCAAGAAGAGUGGGAAAAGAACAGAUCCACUCCAGCACUCAACAAGAGCAGCUCAAAACGUAGUUUGAAAGAGGUCGCUUCGGAAACCAAACAAAGUGUCAAGAAUCUCCUUCACAUCGGCCACAAGGAAGCACAGCCAGAGUCCGUCAGUACUGUUACAACGACCGUUGUCGCCGACGGUGAUGUCGGUGUCGUUUCGGUUGUCAGCCCAGAAGAGGUUAUCACCGUAGAAUCCGGAGAAAACCGCGCCGUCCACAUUCCAAAACAAACCCAUGAAGAAGAUGUCGAAUCUGUUGCUCAGCGCAAGAAAGCCGAAAGAAGGGCUUCAAAAACAGCGCAAAAGUCUGAAGCUCCACAAAAGACUGAACAAGGCCCAAUUCGAAUGAUCACAUACUCUCCAUCCCAACAGAAAUUGCAGGAUCUCGAAAAGGAAGCGGCGGCAGCGACACCUUCACUUGAAACCCAUGUAGAAGUCGAUGUUUCCAAGCAUUCACCGUUAGAGCCGGAACCACAAGAAAAACACGCAGAUCACAAAAAGAGCAUCCGUGACCUUGCAAACGAUGCAAAGAAAUCCAUUCAGAACCUCAUGCACAUCGGCUCUCACCAUAAAACGGAGGAACAACAAUCUGUCAAUGUCACUGGAACUGUGGAUGUCACUCCAUCUGAAGCGGUGGCUGAUCCUGCUGUUCGUCACUCUGCUGAGAAUCUAGCCAAAGAUGUCAACAAAGAAAUUCGUGCAUCUGCUCACCAACUAGAGAAAGCGGUUGAAAAGUCUAGUACAGCUGACGUUCAUGUCUCUUCUACAGCGUUGAACAAGGCACCCGUUGCUGGGUCGACCAAAAACAUUGCCAAGGACGUUGUUGGACACGCUGAAACUCAAGCUGAGACGCAGAUCAAUGCACAGAACAAGUCGUCCCGUCCGACAAGCCCAAAAGAAAAGACGUCUAGACCGUCCUCUCCUCCCAAGAAGGCUGUGUCACGGCCUUCUAGCCCUCCCAAGGCCACAAGUCCUAAAGGCUCUACAGCUGCCUUGAAUAAGAACACCAGUCCAAAAGCUUCAAGCAACGCGCUUCACAAGGCUCCCAGCACGACCGUCAAGAACUCCAAAGGAUCAACAGCGGCAUUGAACAGUGGACGACCCCGCAGCCCUCCCAGGCGUUCGAACGAGAGUCUCACCAAGAGCCAUACCAGUCCCAAAGGAUCCUCUCAGUACAUUGCCACCAGCGCAUCCAAGGGAUCGACCGGCUCUCUUGCCCGAUCCACCAAUGUAAAAGGAUCGGCACCUGUACUGGCGCAUGCAACAAAGGGAUCGACUCAAGUCCUAGCCGCGACCUCUGCCAAGGGAUCUACAGUAGCCAUUUCCCAGUCGACUCAAUCCUUGGUGAAAGGGGCCGCGACACACAAGUCAGCUGCAGCUGUGGCUACGGGCUCUCGUGGAAACUUGACAGGUGCGACUUCGUCACCAUCGGUGCGUCAGGAUGGACCUGUGGUAAUGAGGACGGGUUCGGCUGGGUCUCGGAAGGGAAGGACUGAACAUAAAUCAAACGAACGCCUUCGUAGUGAAUCCCCCAGCAUGCGGCACAUCCUCGCUUGAGGUAGCAUGUGCGAUGCAGUGGUGUUAUAGAGCGCUAUUUCGAGUGUGAUUGGGAAAGAAUUAGCCUGUUUAUAUUCCGUAUAUCGGAUUGAGCGGUUUCAAACCUUUGUUAUUUUUGCGUUUUUCAAACAUGAAAAGAAUUGCUUAAUUG